CCCCCAAACAAGAACCGCUCUAUUGUCAGCGGCUUGCAAGGCUCCAGCGCAGCUUACGAGCUUGCUUCCGCGCUGAACGUCAUCAACACCGCGGAGAAGAAAUGGGGUAACAGCAAGAUGUCGACCUUCCGCAUUGGGUACCGCCCCGAGCUGCUCGACGUCAACGCGAAGCAGGUGAUGGGCAAGAAAGGCACGCCCGCUCGUCUUCCAUCGAAGCCACACCCGGACGACGCUGCCAAGCGCGGCUUCCAGGGCACCCUCGUGGUGUCCCAUUGCGGCAGCAACGAAAUGCUGCUCGCCAUGAUUCGACUGACACACGACUGCGACACCGUCGAGCGUGACCUGGCACAGCUAAACGUCUUCAUCGGCGGCCAGGAAGACUACUUCCGGGACAACAUGCUCGGUUACCUCGACAUACGUGUGCCCAGGAUGAUCAGGCAGUACGGCCGCGUCGCCAAGUUCGAGCAGAUGGGCUCUGUCGCCCGCAAGACAAUCUUUUGUAAGACAUUCUACCAGUUCCCACUCGCCAUCUGCCUCGAGGCAUUCGGGCAUGUUCACCUUGCCUACCCUUUCGAGACGGUCUAGGGGUGCCGCAACCCAUCCCCGGAGAUCAUCGCCCAGCAGAAGCUCCUCGCUUUCACAUUUGUGGAAGCAUGCGAAGACACCUUCGCCUUCUCGCUCAGGCCAAGCAAGGUCGACGCAGCGGGGCGUGUCAGGGCGCGCAACAUCAGUUGGGCCAACAUGCUCGCCACCGACGACGCGCUUGAGAUCAUCGGCGUUGACCCAGACAGGCGCAACAGCCCAGCCAAGCCGCUCGGCUCAGACCCGAAGCGUGAUCUGUCGCACC